AAGUAGGUAUGGCUACUCGUGCAGUUAGGAAUUCAAGAUGUAAACAAACUUUGAAAAGUUUGUUCCGUUGUGGAAGGUUCUACAGUUCCAGCUCAGAGGGGAAAUCCAGACUAAAAUGGAGUUAUGUACAUGGGCAGUCAGACGUCUCGCCAAGGGGGAUAACUAUUGGAAAUCUUCUACAGGAGAGAGUUGAAAUGUCACCUGAAAAAGAAGUUGUUGUUUUCUGUUCCCAAAAUAUUAGGAAGACAUAUGCACAAUUUAUGGAAGAGGUAGACAAGCUGGCUGCUGGACUGGUGGGUCUGGGACUGGUGAAGGGAGAUCGUGUCGGAAUCUGGGGUCCUAACAGUUAUGAAUGGGUCCUCACCCAGUACGCUACAGCCAGGGCUGGCCUCAUUCUGGUUAAUGUUAAUCCACAGUACAAGGAAAAGGAAUUGGAAUAUGCCCUUGGCAAGGUAGGUUGUAAAGCAAUUAUCAUUGCUGAAAAAUUCAAGGACCAGAAUUAUUAUGAGAUUCUGAGUGACGUUGUUCCUGAGCUGAGUGCUAACAUUCCUGGAAACAUCAAUAGUCACAGGUUGCCAUCCCUUAAGAUUCUGGUAACUAUGGGAAAUAACUCCUACAGAGGUGCAUUCAAGUUCAGUGAAGUUCAAAACUCAGCCACAACAGCAGGAUGUCUUGGGAUUAUGGAUAUUCAGAGAAAGUUACAGUUUGAUGAUCCAAUCAACAUCCAGUUCACCUCAGGCACUACAGGAGUACCUAAGGGAGCUACUCUUUCACACCAUAACAUUGUAAACAACAGCCAUUUCCUGGGGCGACGCUUGGGAUAUCACACUGAGGCGACUAGGAUCUGUGUACCUGUGCCACUGUAUCACUGUUUUGGUAUGGUGAUGGCCAGUUUGUGCACCAUUACCCAUGGAUCUAAAUGUGUAUACCCUGGACCAGGGUUUGACGCAGGGGCCUCUCUUAAAGCUGUGGCAGAAGAAAGGUGUACUGCCCUGUAUGGAGUUCCUACCAUGUUUAUAGACAUGUUGAAUCAUCCAGACUUCAAUCAAUUUGACUUGACCUCUCUCAGUACUGGCAUCAUGGCUGGGUCACCUUGUCCUGUGGAGGUCAUGCUACAGGUUAAUGAGAAGAUGCAUAUGCCAAAAGUAACAGUAGCAUAUGGUACGACAGAGAACAGUCCAGUGACAUUUCAGACAAUGACAGAUGAUAACUUAGAAAGGCGAACAUCCACAGUAGGCCGACCUCUGGACCAUGUGGAGGCCAAGAUAGUGGACAAGGAGGGGAACAUGGUCCCUGUGGGAACUACUGGAGAACUGUGUAUCCGUGGUAUCAAUACUAUGCUGGGCUAUUGGGAUGAUCCGGAGAAAACUGGCGAGGUCAUCAGCACAAGUCGCUGGUAUUCAACAGGAGAUACUGCAGUAUUUGAUGAAGAGGGAUUCUGUAAAAUUGUUGGACGGAUAAAAGACCUUAUCAUCAGAGGUGGAGAAAAUGUUUAUCCCAUGGAAAUAGAAGAAGUGUUGUACAAACAUCCAAAGGUCAAGGAUGUACAGGUAGUAGGAGUGCCAGACAAGCGCCUAGGAGAGGAAAUUUGUGCCUGGAUUCAGGUCAAGGAUGGUCAGAAGCUCACAGAAAAGGAGGUUAAGGACUUUUGUAAAGACAAGCUUGCAAGAUACAAAGUGCCAAGGUACAUCAACUUUGUAGAUGACUACCCACUAACAGUGACUGGCAAAGUACAGAAGUACAAGAUUCGGGAGGCUGCAACCAAGAUGUUAGGCUUAGAAAAUGUCUUCUCUUAAUCACUGGCAAUUACAAAGUGCUGAAGUACAAGAUCUUUGAGACUGCAUCCAAGGUGUUAGGCUUAGAAAAUGUCUUCUCUUAAUUACUGGCAAUUACAAAGUGCUGAAGUACAUGAUUCGGGAGGCUGCAUCCAAGGUGUUAGGCUUAGAAAAUGUCUUCUCUUAAUUACUGGCAAUUACAAAGUGCUGAAGUACAUGAUUCGGGAGGCUGCAUCCAAGGUGUUAGGCUUAGAAAAUGUCUUCUCUUAAUUACUGGCAAUUACAAAGUGCUGAAGUACAUGAUUCGGGAGGCUGCAUCCAAGGUGUUAGGCUUAGAAAAUGUCUUCUCUUAAUUACUGGCAAUUACAAAGUGCUGAAGUACAUGAUUCGGGAGGCUGCAUCCAAGGUGUUAGGCUUAGAAAAUGUCUUCUCUUAAUUACUGGCAAUUACAAAGUGCUGAAGUACAUGAUUCGGGAGGCUGCAUCCAAGGUGUUAGGCUUAGAAAAUGUCUUCUCUUAAUUACUGGCAAUUACAAAGUGCUGAAGUACAUGAUUCGGGAGGCUGCAUCCAAGGUGUUAGGCUUAGAAAAUGUCUUCUCUUAAUUACUGGCAAUUACAAAGUGCUGAAGUACAUGAUUCGGGAGGCUGCAUCCAAGGUGUUAGGCUUAGAAAAUGUCUUCUCUUAAUUACUGGCAAUUACAAAGAACUGAAGUACAAGAUCUUGGGGGAUGACACGAGUGAGGUAGGCCUAGAAAAUAUCUUCUCGUAACAACUAAUAAUUCAAAGUAUACACAAGAUCCAGGAGGCUGCAGCGUGUACCAAGGCAUUUGAGCUAGGUAUAUUUCAUGAGAAAAGAUACUGGAACUUCAGCUUGAAAUGCAGGGCUGGAACAUAAUGACAAUGUAGGACUGGUGUUUGUUAUACCUUUCAGAAACUCAGGCAAAUCUGUAGGAUCACAAUCAUAGAUUAAGCAUUCAUCUACAGAGGUUUAGUAUGUUGUUUUGGUUCAGACAAUACCUCUGUCCUCUGUCAUGAAGGCACAUAUUUAUUGGACACCUUUCAUACUCAGAGGACACUUUUCAUAUUCAGAAGACACUUUUCAUACUCAGUAGAAAAUUUUCUCAUUCAGUGAACACUUUUCAUACUCAGAGGACACUUUUCAUACUUAGUGGACACUUUGUGUCACCUGCAGUGCUGGCGGACACUUAGGGAUCACUUUGUCCGUCAUCACUCGUCGUCGUCGUUGGCUUCGUCGUCUGUAUGAAAGUUUUCCGGACUUUUUUCAGUAAUGCUUUGAGUUAUCAAAAUGAAAUUUAAUAUCUGGCUUUUUGUUGCAAGGGUACAGAUUAAGUUCAAUUCCCGGCUGUAUGUGACCCUUUUUGCCAGAGUUAUGCCCCUUUCAACUUAGAAAAUUUCCUGGGAAUAUUAUUUUCCGGACUUUUUUGGCUUAUGCUUUGAGUUAUCGAAAUGAAAUUUGGUAGAUGGCUUCUUGUUGCAUGGGUACAGAUUUAGUUUGAUUCCUGGCUGCCUUCUUGGCUGAGUUAUGCUCCUUUGAACUAAGAAAAUUCUCUGGGAAUAUUGUUUUCCAGAUAUUUCCCAAUUAUGCUUUGAGUUAACAUAAUGAAAUGUUGUAUAUGGCUUCUUGGUGGAAGAUUACAGAUCAAGUUCAAUUCUCAGCUCUCCGUGACUCUUCCUGACCCAUUGAACUCAAAUUCUCUGGGAAUAUUGUUUUCUGGAAUUUUCUUGGUUAUGCUUCGAGUUAUGAAAAUGCAAUUUUGUAUAUGAGUUCCGCACCGAGUUCGCUUCUUGGCAGUCUGUAACCCUUCUUGGCAGUGAUAUGUCCGUUGAAGUUCGAAAAUUUUUCUGGAAUAUUUCUUUGCGCAGUUUGCCCUUUAUGCUUCAAGGUAUAGAAAUGAAAUUUGGUAUUACAACUUUAUGGUUGAUCGUUGCACAUCCAGUUCAAUUUCUGGGUGACCGUGACACUUUAUGCAGGCAACACAUACAGUUCCGAAGAAUUCUUGUCAUACUCAGUAGACACUUUUCAUACUCAGAGGACACUUUUUAUACUUAGUGGACACUUUUCAUAUUCAGUGAACACUUUCCAUAUUAAAUGUAGAAUGAAAUCUUUGUUGGUUUGGUACUGUGGGUUAAAGCUACACGUUAUCACAAGCCUAGGAAUUCUAGAAUUUUGAUAUACAGAGGAUUCAAUUUGUUGUAUCAUUAUGAUAAUGACAGCUACUACAGACUUAAGGCGCUGGAGCAUCUGUUGACGAUUCUUAUGGUAAAUUCACUCAUUUUAUUGUUUUUUAAGAGUACCAUUCUUUUGUUUGUGUUUUGAAAUAAAAUUGAUUUACUUGAAUUGCAUGCAAUUUCUUUUUGUUUGUAUAAUAAGUUUCUGUAUGUUUUAGGCGUAUGGUUCAUAGAAAAGCUCAUAUGAUCAAAUACCAAGUACCUUGUUACUAACUGUUAACGUAAAAAAAUGUGUUACUUUUCCGUAUGCAUGUUUUCUAGUUAGAUAUUGUUGGGGGAUAUGUUAUACAGAGGGAUUGGAAUCAAUAAUAACACACACAUAUUACUGAGUGAUUAUAAUUCCUCAUGAUGUUAAAUCACACAUCUGUAAGGCUUAGCCAUCGAAUCUUUCCAGUCACUUAAUUGGUAUAGAGGUACAUUCUAUGGUGUUAUGUAUCAGAAUAUGAAUUAUUGGUCUGUCAUAUCCCACACACAUAUCUACAUCCAAACAUCUACCCAUUAAUUAACCUCCUUCAACCUACUGAAGCUUUGUCAUUAAUAGUCGUGUGUACACUCUACAGGAGGGAAAAAAGACAUUGAUAUUUAUCAAAUUUAAAACCUCUAAGUGAUUAAGAUGUAACAAGGUCUGGUGAAUGUUUGUUCCAUUCUGGGAUAGUUUAGAGAAAAGGCAUUUUUUUUCAACAGUUUACCUGUAAAUUGUUUGAUAGAUGAAAGGAUGAGAGAGUGGAGGUGAAACAAUGAGAGAAUCAGGGUGAAAGGAUGAGACAGUCAGGGUGAAAGGAUGAGACAGACAGGGUGAAAGAAUGAGAGAGUCAGGGUGAAAGGAUGAGAGAGUCAGGAUAAAAGAAUGAGAGAGUCAGGGUGAAAGAAUGAGAGAGUCAGGAUGAAAGGAUGAGACAGUCAGGGUGAAAGAAUGAGAUAGUCAGGAUAAAAGGAUGAGACAGUCAGGGUGAAAGAAUGAAAGAGUCAGGAUGAAAGGAUGAGAGAGUCAGGGUGUAAGGAUAAGACAGUCAGGGUGAAAGGAUGAGAGGAUCAGGGUGAAAGGAUGGUAGAGUCAGGGUGAAAGGAUGAGAGACUCGGGAUGAAAGGAUGAGGGAAUUGAGGUGAAAAGAUUAGAGAGUCAGGGUGAAAGGAUGAGGGAGUUGAGGUGAAAAGAGGAGAGAAUUGAGAUGAAAGGAUGAGAGAGUCAAGGUGAAAGGAUGAGAGAGUCAGGAUGAAAGGAUGAGUGAGCUGAAGUGAAAUGAUGAGAAAAUUGAGGUGAAAGGAUGAGGAGGUAAAGGUGAAAGAACGAAAGAGUCGAGGUGAAAGGAUGAGGGAGUUGAGGUGAAAAGAUGAGAGAGUCGGGGUGAAAGAAUUAGAGAGUCAGGAUGAAAGAAUGAGGGAGUUGAAGUGAAAAGAUGAGAGAAUUGAGGUGAAAAAAUGAGAAAAUUUAGGUUAAAGGAUGAGGAGGUCAAGGUGAAAGGAUGAGAGAGUCGAGAUGAAAGGAAAAGAGAGUCGAGUUGAAUGGAUGAGAAAGUCAAGGCUGACUCAUCAGUGGUUUUUGAGAGAUUUUUAUAUACAGCAUUAAGGUUGUGAGAAAUUUUGUACAUAAGAAUAAGACAGGCAUUCUUAAGUCUAUUAGAUAAGCCUGGCCAAUGCAGAUCUUCUUGCAUGCCAUAGUGAUGUUUUCUCCAGAAUAAUAGUUAACGUUAUACAGGGCCUGAUAUGUCUUAAUACACACAUCGCUGUAUCUCCAGAACAUUAAUUAUGUGUAUAUACUAACCAUACCAUAUAUAUAACCUGGAGUCUUGUUUGCUGGGUACAAUCAUUCAAUUUAACAACAAGGUCAGUAUAACAGUGGCAAUUAAUGUUAUCCCUUUUUCCUGUUGACUAGAAAAAAAAGAAAAUAAGAAAUGUUAAUUACCAAAGCUUUAUAUUUCAUGGUGGUUGUUAAUGUUAUGUUUUGUUUUUGUUGAUUUUCAUGUCUCCUCUCAGACAGUAGGGAUUAAGAUAUAUUAUUUCAGUUUUGUUUCUUCUUCUUCUUAUUCUGGUUCUCCUGAUAAUUUCUUGUCCUAGCAAUAACUUUUGAACUGUUAAAGAGAUGUUAAUGAAAGUUUCUGUACACCUACCUUUGUUACCUAUAGCUUAUGUAUAAUGGACUGUAGAUAGGUCACUGUGACCUUGUCUUUAAGGUCAAAGGUAAAAAAAAAAGGUGUGAAUUUUCAAAUAAAUUCUUAUACAGACAAUAAAUUUUAAAUAUAUCUUAAUGAAAGUUGCUGUACAUAUUUAUCACCUAAAGCUGAUAUACAAUACUGAUUAAUGUUGUUAAUCAAUUCUAAUGAAAAACUGCACGAUUAUUUGUAUGGAAUAUUUGAUAUACUUGUCUAUACUAUGGCUAUCAAAACUUACCAACAUUGUUAACAGUAACACAAUGUCAAACAGUAAGAGAACAGUAAUAUUUUUACCUUGCUCACCCAUCCUUCUACAAAGGCAGCAAAUAUUUACUUGAAAGGCUGUAAUUAAAACAAAUGUUUUUGUUCACGAACUCAAAUCUCUUGUUAAAAGCAAUUAACCAUACUUAAAUAUUGUAAUUAAUAUGUUCACCAGGUGGUGGUGUUGUGAACUUCUGUAUGAACAAACAUGAUAUUACAUACUAUGAUGCAUUGUAACAGUUACCAGAUAAAUGUUGAUGCCUCAAACAGAAGUGUAUAAUCUUGUAUCAAACAGAUUUAUUUUGA